AACCCCAAAUUCGACCAGUUCGCCGUCGCGCUCAAGUCGGGCGUGGAUGUCGUGCAUCAGCGAUCGCUGAUUCAGCUUGUAUCGUUUUUGCAGCCCGUGAGGAACCUAAUACUUAUUGGGGAUGGGGUUGUUGAAGUGGGGGAUUUGGAGAUGAUUGAUGUUAUCAGUGGGUUGUAUGAUGAUGCGGGGAAGAAGGAUGUCAAGGCGGCGGCGCAAGCGCAUGCUAACGCGGUGAAUGCGGCGGAACCCCUCUCCGUGGACGCCGUCAACCCGGACGAAUCCUCCACCGGCUGGAAAUCCGACGGCCACAAAAACCUCCCCGGCUUCCGCGAGCUCUACACCCGCUUCCCCGACGCCGCGUGGUACAUCAUGCUCGACGACGACACGUACGUGUUCUUCGAUAACCUCGCCGACCGGCUAUCUAUCUACGACCCGGACAUUCCGCACUACUUUGGCGCCAAGACCCAGUUUGUAGGGUGUGACAAUGUCUGGGCGUGGGGCCAGGGCCCCUAUUUCGCGCAUGGCGGUAGCGGGAUUGUGGUUUCGCGGGGAGCGAUGAGAGAGAUGAUGAGCGGGCUUGACAACUGUAUUGAGAAAUACCGCACAUGCUGGGCUGGCGAUGUACGCACGGCGCUGUGCCUACGCGACCAAGGCGUGCUACUUCACUCCCCGUCUGGGUUCUACGGCUCCCCACCCAACAAACAGUUCUGGUUCCCGCACAACGCCUGCGACCGCCCGUUGACGUUCCACCACCUCCUCGUCAAACAAGUGCAGGAUCUCUACAACUUGGAGAAGAAGGUGAUUGGACAGUACGGCAAGGGCGCAGUGACGUUUGGGGAUAUAUACUGGGACUGGCAUCCGACGAGCGUGCGGUUGGCGGAUUAUGACCGGAAGGGAGCGGAGAUUGCGAGUUGGCUGGCGGAUAGUGUUGAGGUGUGUGAGGCGCUUUGUAAGGGGAAGAAGAAUUGUGUUACGUGGGUUUAUGAUGGUCACAAAUGCUGGAUGAAAGACCGCAUCCCACCCGGAAAGACCGAGAAGGGAAUCUUGACCGGCGUCGUGAAAGAACGAUACAUGUGCAAUGCGUCCAGACAGGGGUUCUGA